AUGGCCAAGGAGGGGAAGAAAAAGAGAGCGGCAAACAUCGCCCUGACAAAGGAAGCUUCAGAUCAAGUGCAUCGAGAUAUCGAGGCUUUCCCAGCUUGGUCCUGCAAGAACCUGAUUGCGCAUAGACCUGAGCUUUACGGUGGAAAAUACAAGAAGGCAACCCAAAAUCGACACAGCUACUUGCUUCUACAAAAGAAGAAAAAUCCUGGUCUCUAUUACACGAACUUGUCAAAGAUUGGUGCUACUGGAGCGGCUAAUACCAGACAAAACGAAGAGGAAUUUCUUGGGUCCGUGGCUGGUGACGACGACACAUCAUCCGAGGAAAGAGAGCUCCUUGCACCAAACGACCAAUCCUUUCGUAAUCGUCCAGGUACAAGAAGCGGCGCUCCCCUAAAAUCUCCUCCUCCAAAAGAGAUCUUACAAUCUCCUCCACCAAAAGAAAUCAACAUCCCUGCUGGAACUCCACGGGCAAGAAGAAAGGCAGAUCUUACGUGA